AUGUCAGUCGGACAAAAGAAGCCCGAGCCGCUUCGUCGGAUCAUAACAUCUCAUGAUGCUACAAGCGGUCGAGCAAUUUUUUGCGACGCGGUUGGCGAGCAGGUAUCGUUCACUGGGUUCCCGGUUCCACCCGGUAAACCCACAACAUCAGACUAUGCUUUGGCCUACAACACGAGUACAUUUCCUGUAAAAGGCCUUUCGCCUCCGAGUUCUGCAACCCCGGAGUCCAAAGCCAACGUCGACAUUAAGCACUAUCACUCCCAGCUCUCGGAUCCAUCACCUUUGAAUCCGCCAAAUGGCACCUCCUGCACGAUUAUUGAGGCACCUCCAGGUUCAGUUAUACCAAUGCACCGAACAGCGACCCUCGACUAUGGUGUCAUAAUCGAUGGCACUACAGAAUUGGUCCUCGAUUCUGGUGACAAAAGGUUAAUGAGAAAGGGUGAUGUAUUUGUUCAACGAGGUACAGCCCAUUCUUGGCGGAAUGUGACUGAGAAAUCUGACAAUGCUGGUGUUUUACGUGUCUUCUUUGUGUUUCAACCUAUUGAGCAGGUGCAACUAGGAAGUGGAAAGGUUGUCGGCCAGGAUUUGAAUCUAUCUCUGCAUGAGGCUUAA